AUGGAGGGACUGGUCCUGCUCAACGCCCUGGCCACCCGGCUCCUCUUCGUGCUGCACUCGCUGGUUGGAGUCUGGCGAGUGACCGCGGUGAAGAAGGAGCCGUGGUACUGGCUGCUGGCGCUGCUCAAUCUCUUGCUGUUUCUGGAAACGGCGCUGACCCUCAGAUUCAAGCGCGGCAGAGGCUACAAAUGGUUUUCACCAGCCAUAUUUUUAUAUCUGAUUAGCAUUGUUCCAUCAUUAUGGCUUCUUGAAAUGCACCAUGAAACCCAGUAUUGCAGUAGCCAAUCUGGAGGAUUGUCACAGAAUACCAGCAGAAAAGAAGACUUCAAUCAAACUCUGUUGUCAGCUGAACGAACCAACAGAGCAGAUGAUCUCAUUGAGACGGCCAAAGUUUUUGUAAAUAACUUAUCUACAGUAUGUGAGAAAGUCUGGACUUUGGGACUCCAUCAGACAUUCCUUCUAAUGCUAAUAAUUGGAAGAUGGCUUCUCCCCAUUGGAAGUGGGAUCACUCGGGAUCAACUCUCUCAACUUCUCCUUAUGUUUGUGGGGACAGCUGCUGACAUACUGGAAUUCACAAGUGAGACCCUGGAAGAAGAAAAUGUGAGGAAUAGUCCUGCCCUGGUCUAUUCCAUCCUUGUUAUAUGGACCUGGAGCAUGCUACAAUUUCCACUUGACCUGGCAGUACAGAAUGUCGUGUGCCCCGUGUCCAUGACAACGAGGGGGUUCUCCAGCCGAUUCUUCUGCCAAUACAGCGCCGACCUGUGGAACAUCGGAAUCAGCAUCUUCAUACAAGAUGGUCCCUUCCUUGUUGUGCGGCUCAUACUCAUGACCUAUUUCGAAGUGAUCAACCAGAUGCUGGUGUUCUUUGCUGCCAAGAAUUUCCUGGUGGUGGUGCUACAGUUCUACCGCCUGGUGGUGUUGGCCUUGGACGUACGCGCUUCCUUGCGAAGUCGGCCAGAACGCCUGAAAGGAGAGCACGGAUGCCCGGAUGUACCUGCUGCGAGUGGGGUCUCACGUGGGGCCUGGCCAGGCAGUUCCAUGGAGGCCUUGGCUGUUCCGUUACAGGCCUUGCGGGUCACCUCCGACGACUCCCACCCCACACCGUAGUUAGUCUCCGACAGCAGCGUGCAGCUAGACAGCUUGACUUUCUGGUUCAUCUUUCAGACAGAAUCUUUUUUUUUUUUUUAGCCUUGGCGUAUAAUGAUUUUCAAAAGAACAACAUAAAAAGUGAUCUUAAACCAAAGCUGAGGAAUUUUCUUUUUUCAACAGAAUGAAAAGAACUUUGAUUAGUAGCUUUCGCUACAACUUUUGUGUGAUGGUAUCAGAUGUUAGAGUUGUUCAACGACCAAGAGAUUUGUUUGUUUUGAACUGUUUGAAAAGCUGUGCACAGGGUUAGAGUGACAUGCCCUCAAGAGAUUUAAUGCAGACAAACCGUCGCGGCUGUUACCUGAAAAUAGAGCAUCUUUGAACUUUGGCUCUAUUGUCAGAGUAUCUCAUCUGAUCUUUUCUGCAGUGUCCCUCUGACAUCAAAAAAUGUACAUUCAGUGAAUGUAGAACAAAUGAAGGGGAAAGUGCCUUUAAAAUUACCUCACUGUGGGCUGGAAACAGUGAAAAUCUCUGCCCAGCUACCAUAGCAUCAAGAGCCCUAUUCAUCGCUGCAUGGACUUUACCAGGAAAGUCAUUUUUCUGGGCUGCUGUGGUCUUCUGUCAUGGUGCAUAUGCUCUUAUGGAAAUGUUAUUGCUUUGGCUUGGGUGCUGCAAAAUUCACAGCAAGCCAUUUUGGUUACAGAUCUACUGGUUGUGGAGCAGGAAAUACUGGUAAUGCUGACAGAGUCACAAUUUCCACUCUGAACACGAUUUGCAGUCUUCAUCAGGAUUUCCCUUAACUCCACUUUACCAUUUUCUAUAUUGCCAACUCGAAUUAUGUGGGUUGAUGCAAGAAAGCACUGAAGCAGUGAAUAAAGGUAUUUCAGGCCCUUUAUAUGUUACCACAGUUGCUGGUGUCUGCUUGCAGUCCUGGGAGCGCCUCUGAAGUGCCACGGCUGGAGCCAGCCUUUGGUCUUGGGAAGAUGGUGGUGAUGGAGGCUUGCAUUAGCCCUCCCCUCCACCGACAGCCCUUGAUGAGUGACGGGGGUCAGAAAAUGCCACAGCAGUGUGGAAAUCAGGAAAUUCGCUUUUCUUCCCUGCAUUAAGACUGCAUUUCCCCAGUACUGAAAUAGCUGUAUUUUCCUUUCAUAUGCCUCCAUACGUUCCAGUUGGAGGCGAUUCAGAACCUUUUAAAAUGAUUUUUGCUUUUAAAGAUACAGUGUGAAAACUUACCUGGCUUUAUAGCAGUAAUUAUAUAAGGCAAACAACUUGAAAACUGUUCCUUUAGGGUUCAAAGCAUAAUUCCACCUUGUU